UUUGAAGUAAUGACUACGAAGACCACUAACAAUAUAAUUAAACAUUUUCAAGAGGAAAAUAAAUCUUAUUGACGAAGAAAGAAGGAACUGGUCUUACCGCGCUUCCACGGUUCUCAUUUACGUCCUCUCCCAUAGAGAAAGCUGAAACUGCCAUUUCUGGUAGGGGCUUUGAUUACUACUAAUUGAUUGCUUAUAUUCUGCUUCAAAUAUUUUGGAGUUUUAUUUCAUUACAUGAUGGAGUUAAACAUGGAGGUGUCUUGGUUAAGAGUUCUCUUAGAUAACAUCUCAUCAUAUCUAAGCAUAUCAUCCAUGGACACCUUAUAUUCCAACCCAGCUCAUAAAUACUACACCAGAGGAGAAGACAUAGCCAAGCUUCUUCAGCCUGUUCUUGAGAACCUUGUUGGCUCUGAUGCCUCUCCUAGCGAGCUGCUUAACAACGGGUUUGAAGAGUUAUCCCAGUACGUUGAUGAACUAAGAGAGCAGUUUCAAAGCUGGGAACCUCUUUUUAGCAGAAUCUUUUAUGUUCUUCAAAUUGAAUCAUUAGCAACAAAGUUGCGAGAAUCCAGUUUGGAAGUCUUUCAGCUGCUCAAACACUGUGAACAACACUUACCUGCCGAUCUUGUUUCACCAUCGUUUGAGGACUGCAUAGAACUGGUGAAGUUAGUAGGAAGAGAUGAAGUUUCAUAUACUAUUGAUCUAGCUCUGAUAGAUCAAAAGGAAGGUAAUGGACCUACUUCAGAGGUUCUAGUCAAAAUUGCUGAGAGUGUUGGUCUAAGAUCCAACCAAGAGAUUCUGAUUGAAGGUGUAGUGCUUGCAAGUUUAAAGGAGAAUGCAGAGCUUACAGAGAAUAACACUGAAGCUGAGUUUAUAGAAGGAUUGAUCUCUCUUAUAACACACAUGCAUGAUCACCUUACCAACAUAAAGCAGUCUCAGUUAGGUUGUUCUGUCCCUGUACCUCCAGACUUCCGCUGCCCUCUAUCUCUUGAGCUUAUGACUGAUCCAGUCAUUGUAACAUCUGGUCAAACAUACGAACGGGCUUUCAUCGAAAAAUGGUUUGAUAUGGGACUCAUGGUUUGUCCAAAGACAAGACAGCCUUUGACUCAGACAAGUUUGACACCUAACUUCAUCGUCAAGGCUUUCAUUUCCAACUGGUGUGAAUCAAACAAUGUCAAUUUGCCUGAUCCUUUGGAGUUGGUUCAGUCAAGUCAGCCUUUCCCUCUUCUUCUUGAACCAGCUUCAGAUGAUGAUGAUGAGUGUGAUUCUCAGCCUCUUUCUUUGGUGGAUGAGUCAGAGAGAGGCUCAUCAUCAUCCCCUAUGAAGAUUGGUGGAAAUGGCCGUACCGAAUCUUUAGAUGCUACCAAAUGCGAGAAGCUGCGCCAGGUCCUAAGCAGGUCUGUUUCCGCACCAGGGAUCGUCUUUGAACUGGAUACCAAAACCGAAAGAAACACUACUCCUCCAGCUCCUGCUCCUGCUCCUGCUCCUUCUCCUGCUGAUACAUCAAUCUCACAGGCAAGGGUUGAAACCGUGCGGCGACUUCCAUCUGCCAGGCAUUUUCAUCACCCAGGGAUCAUCCCAGCGACCAUAAGAGAAACCGGAAGCAGUUCAAGCAUCGAAUCCGAGGUGAAGAAACUGAUCGAAGAUCUCAAGAACUCUUCUCUGGAAGCACAAAGAGAGGCAACAGCAAGGAUCAGGAUACUGUCGAGAAACAGCACAGACAACCGCAUAGUCAUCGCCAGGUGCGGCGCAAUCGACUCAUUAGUCGACCUUCUUUACUCCACGGACGAGAGGAUCCAAGCCGACGCGGUGACUUGCUUGCUAAACCUAUCAAUCAACGACAACAACAAAUCAGUCAUAGCGGACAGCGGAGCUAUAGAGCCGCUGAUCCACGUCCUCAGAACAGGUAACCUAGAAGCCAAAGAGAACUCAGCGGCAACGCUCUUCAGCUUAUCUGUGAUAGAAGAGAACAAGACUAAGAUAGGAGAAGCGGGAGCGAUAGAGCCGCUCGUUGAUCUCUUGGGAAACGGGAGCCUAAGAGGGAAGAAAGACGCGGCUACUGCUUUGUUUAACCUCUCGAUACACCACGAGAACAAGGCGAAAGUGAUCGAAGCUGGCGCGGUUAGGUACUUGGUCGAGCUGAUGGACCCUGCGGCUGGGAUGGUGGAGAAAGCUGUGGUCGUACUGGCGAACCUCGCGACGGUUAAGGAAGGGAAGGUUGCGAUUGGUGAGGAAGGAGGUAUACCGGUUUUGGUGGAAGUGGUGGAGUUGGGUUCGGCGAGAGGGAAGGAGAAUGCAACUGCAGCGCUUUUGCAGCUUUCUAUGCAUAGUCAGAGGUUUUGUAACAGUAUUAUUAGAGAAGGAGCUAUUCCUCCUCUUGUGGCUCUUACUAAAUCAGGAACCGCUCGAGCCAAAGAGAAGGCACAUAACCUUCUGAAGUACUUCAAAUCCCAAAAGCAAGGCCAGAGGAGAGGCUGAUGAUCUUGGUUUUAUUUCUAACCUAUACAUUGUACGAUACAUAGACGUAUAUAUGUUGUUGUAUUUAAUAGUGUUUCUUAUGGAAAACGUAUGUGUAUAACGUGAAUAUCUACGCUUAGAGAAUUGUAUACAAUUUUCUUAUUAA